GGUAAUUUGGCACGACCAGCACUCAGUGUCGGCGCAGCGCCAGUCAGAUUCGGAGGCCGCGAGUGAUGUUUGACGAAGACAGCGAUGGCAUGAGCGACGGUGGCGUCGUCGACGACCGCGUCUGGAUGGAGAAGGAGUCGCUCGCCAUGGAGCGCCGGUCACGCACGGUCGGCUUCCGUGAAGGGAUCGACGUCGGGAAGGAGCAGAUGUUGCAGGAGGGCUUUGACCACGGCUACAAGGCUGGCGCCGCCAAGGGCUUUGAGAUGGGCACGCUGCAUGGCAUUCUGCGCGCGUUCAAGCAUCAGUUUCCCGCCGACCAUCCAGCGAUGGCCGCGGUGCUUGCGCUAGCCGCCGAGCUCAAGGCGUCCGAGGAAGCCGCCGUGACGGCCGGUGAUAUCCCGGCUGCCUCGUCCAACCAGGAAGCGGCCGUGCUUGCUGCAGUCCCGCUCCCGCUCCCGCACGCGCCAUCGACCAACGACGCACACAAGGAAUAGCAUUAAGAACAGAAUAAGAACGACCGAACGACUACGUAUGGCCCUUGGCGGCCAUGCCCUGAAUCGACUCGAGAGGCGGG